GUAACUGAUUAAUUCUCAUGAGAUCGAGAGAGUUCGUAAGGCUAGGCUAGGCCUAGUUGGUAAAAAGAAAACUAAACAGUGUGCGUUUUCUUCGAUUCCCUCCUCUUGCAGGGUGUUUUCAUAUUUUUCUUCUAAGAGAUGUUUUGAAGAAACAUUGGAAAAUGCAUGAUGCAUAUGAAGCUCAGCCUAUACUUGAAAAGCUGCCUCUACAGAUCGAGUCGAUUGCUUCACACGGUGACCAAUUGCUCGUGGGAACCAAACCAGGACAUCUUCUUGUAUAUACUGUUACUGGAGCAAAUGCAAGUGGCCAAGAUCCAAAAGUUAAUCUUUUAAGAUCUAACAAGUGUUUCUCCAAAAAACCCAUCCAACAAUUAGCAUGUGUGCCAGAACAACAGAUUCUUGUCAGCCUAUCAGAUUCUGUGAUCAGUGUGCAUGAUUUGUCGGGCUUUAUGCCAAUAUGCAUAGUCAGCAAGACACGAGGAGCAACUUUGUUUUCCGUAGAUCUAAAGAAAGAAACUUCUAGUACAGGCGAUGUAGAAUACAGUCUCAGACUCUGUGUUGCUGUAAAGAGGAAACUUCAACUGUAUUAUUGGAUGAACCGUAACUUUAAUGAACUAAGGUCUGAACUUGGAAUUCCUGAUGUUCCCAAAGCCAUGUCUUGGUGCAAAGAAUCCCUUGUUAUUGGACUUAAAAGAGAUUAUUUUUUAAUUAAUACAGAAACAGGCGAAAUGAAAGAUCUCUUUACCACUGGUAACACAUCUCAGGUUGAACCAACAGUAACAAGACUUGUCAACAACCAGUUAGCUCUAGGCCGGGAUAACAUGAGUAUAUUAAUUGACUGCAAAGGACAACCUGCUAAGAAGUACGCCCUCACGUGGGCAGAGGUGCCUCUAAUUCUAGCAUAUGAUCAGCCAUACUUAAUAGCAGUUUUACCGAAACAUGUUGAAAUUCGAACAAUCGAUCCAAAACUUUUAGUGCAAAACAUUGAUCUUAACAAACCGCGGCACAUAACAGUUGGCAGCAAUAAUUACAUCUAUGUGGCAUCACAGGACUUCAUCUGGAGAUUAGCACCAUUUCCAUUCACAAAACAGAUUAAGGACUUGCUCAAAGACAAACAGUUUGAACUUGCUCUUCACUUAGCUAACAUGACUGAUGAGGAUGAAGCAGACAAAGCGCGGAGAAUUCAAAAGAUUCAGCAUCUUUAUGCUUUUGAUCUUUUCUCUCAAAAUCGGUUUGACGAAUCGAUGAAGAUUUUCUCAAAAUUAGGAACAGGUAAUGCUGAUUUAUACUUAUUAUUGACUGACUUAUAUUGUUUAUAUAUAUAUAUAUAGCUUGAAUACCCAUCCACACCACCUACAUUACUCGGACAGGACCUUGAUAAAGGUCUCACAGCCCUUAUUGAGUACCUUACACAAAAGAGACAAGAUCUGAUGAAAGGGCGCCCUCAUGAGCCCAUGCAAACAACAACAAUUGUUGAUGGAACUACUAGAGUCAUACCAAGGAAACAGAUGAGUCAGAUUGUCGACACUACCUUGCUUAAGUGCUAUUUGAUUACAAAUGAUGCUUUAGUUGCACCAUUAUUAAGGUUAAAGGACAACAAUUGUCAUCUGGAAGAAACAGAACGGAUAUUAAAAAAACAUCAAAAGUAUAGUGAACUUAUCAUAUUAUAUGAAAAGAGAGAAUUGCACAAAAAGGCCUUAGAUCUGUUGCUACGGCAAUCGCAAAAACCGAACAGCCCUUUAAAAGGUCAUGAGAGGACAGUGAUAUACUUGCAGUCUUUGGGUCAGAAUCAUAUUGAUGUUAUAUUUGAAUAUGCCAAGUGGGUUCUUAAGACUCAUCCGGAAGACGGACUGAAGGUAUUCACUGAGGACACUCCAGAAGUGGAAGGGCUUCCAAGAGACAGAGUGCUGGCAUAUCUGGAAGAGAUUGAUAGGGAAUUAGCAACACCUUAUUUAGAACACAUCCUUCUUGAAUGUAUGGAUACCACCCCGACUUUCCAUAAUAAACUCAUCCAUUUUUACAGAGAAAAGGUUGAGGAAAUGAUGAAAGAAUACUUACCUUCCUUGCCAGAAGGUCAAGCUCCAGCAAGAGCCGGUAAAGAGCCGGGAGAAUUGGGCGAUGUUCGCAGCAAACUUCUCUUCUUCUUGGAGACGUCAAGCUAUUACAUCCCGGAACAGCUCCUCACCCACUUUCCAUUUGAUGGAUUCUUUGAAGAAAGAGCCCUGUUGCUAGGGCGAUUAGGUCGUCACGAACAAGCUCUAGCAAUAUAUGCUCACGUACUGAAAGACACGGAAAUGGCCAAGGAAUACUGCAGCAUUAAUUAUCAUAAAGACAACGAAGGAAGUAAAGAUGUAUAUCUAAGUCUGCUGCGUAUGUACAUCUCACCCCCUGAAGCCAGUAGCCUAGGUGUUAUGGAAAAUGUAGCCUCUCCACAGCCUAACAUUGAGGCUGCAUUAGCUGUACUGGAGAUGUAUCAUCAACAAAUAGACACAGCCAAGGCUCUAGAGAUUCUUCCAGCUAGUAUACAAGUUACUGAUAUAGCCAACUUCUUAGAGAAUGUAAUGGAGGCUAAAGCUAUACAGAAGCGCAGCUUACAAGUUCUUCGCAACCUUCGCUUCUCUGAAAACCUCCAGGUUCGUGAACAGCAUAUUUUCUACCAAAGCAAAAAGUGCACAAUCCAGGAGGAUAAGAACUGUCCGGUGUGUCGGAAAAAGAUCGGCAACAGUGCGUUUGCCCGUUAUCCUAAUGGUGUCGUAGUGCAUUUCUACUGUUGCCAAGAUAGGAAUGUGUGUCCUGUAGAGCCUCUAUUAUGAAGAAAGUCUUUUACCUCAUUAUGUGUAUCCUGUUGAACAUUAGGUGUACAUGACAGUAUGUAAUUAUAGUUAUAAAGAGCUUACUACAUACAUUAAUCACAGCAGGUUUUUUUUUUUGCAGAGAAGGCUACUGAAAGUAGUAUGUGCAGUAAUGCAACUGGACUAGCUAUGCCUCACUUAAGGAUAUAAUUGACAGUUUAAUGGGUCAUAAACCUGGAUAAACUAAUUGGCAAACACCCAGGAAGUCAGGGUUAAAAUGUGCUCUAUUUACCAUGGACCCUGUACACAUUAUGAACAAUUAUAGGAAUUCUGUGUAGUAUUAUAUACUAUACUGUUAACUGGCCAAGUAGAUGCUUGGUUACGUAUCAUACGCAAGAAAUAAUUGCCACAUCGCUUGGCAAGAAUGCCACAGUGCCUGGAUUGCAUGGAUGAGUGGCAGUUCUAGGAUGUUUUGCAUGUAUUUUGUAUAUUAUUCAGAAAAUGGUUUUUUGUCCUUUGCAAGUCAAACAUUCAAGCUCUUGUUGUCACUCUGUGCUCAAAACUCCUUUACUCCUGAAUAUUGUAAUCGCCAUUGGGUUUUACCUUAGUGUACAUGUACUAUUAUAUCAGUAACUAUACCAAUUGUUUAAGACUGACUUAAUACGAAAAUCCUCUAUGAAAGCGUUUUCAGGGGUACUGUAACAUACACUUUUAGAAUGACUUCAUACAUUAAUUAUUGUUAUAACUUUAUUAGUAAUAUUGAUAUUACCAUAAAUGUACAGCCGACUGAGAGUUCAAGAGUGCCCAAAAUCUAGGCAAAGCCUUAGGGCUUCAGAGUUUUAAAAUGUACUAAGCAAUAUAGGCAUAAUAAUUCUUAUUAGCAACCUCUUUAAAAACUUUUCUCUCCAAAAUAUACAGCACCCUCUAUAGGGCAGACGAAUGAUCAAAGUGGGUUACAAAUUUACCCAGGAUUAUAAAUAGAUUCCUGGUACGCAUAGUGCUAUCCUGGGUUCCAGGCCCUAAAUUUGGGAUACUUUUUAUUUCACUUAGUGCAUGCCAUACCAAAUUUAAUUGAACUCAAUUUCUUCUUUUUUUUUGCGGAUUUUGCUUGAUUCUGUCUGUGAAUUAGCUCUUUGGUGGUGCUGUCCAGAAUAAGAGACUUGUGGCAAUGCUAAUGUGUUUUCUUGUCAGAUUAUUUACACAACCAUAGAAGGAACAAGCCAGUACAGUACUACAAAAAAGAUUAUCAUCAACCAUUAAACAAAUUAGUUCAAAUUAUCUCAUAAGAAAUUAUUUUUAAACAUAUUUUGAGAUUGUAAUAUAUUAUGCUUGUAUAUUUAUAUUUUGUAUGUUUACUUAUGCAAAAUGAAGGCAUGAUUUUUAUGUUAAAUAUUUGUUUCACUGUUUUUGUAUCCGUAAUUCCUUGUAAUUUUUUUAAACACGGGUUUUUAACAGAUAACAGUACUGUUUUAAUGGUGUACGACUGAGGAGGGGGAGGGGUGGGAAAUUACUUGGGGUCUCCCUAAAUUGAGAUAGUGAAGAUUAAAAUCAUCUGAUCAACCUCUCUUUUGAAUGCGCCACUAAAUAACCAAUCACAACAAAAAAAAUUUUAUGAUGCAUAUAUUCUGUUGAUGGAAUAGAAUUUUGGCAUAGUAGACUAGUUGCUAUGAUGGUUAUUCACACUGUUGUCUGUUACAGUAUUAUUUUUUCAGAAAAUCAUUGCAGAAAAAUUUAAAGAGCUUUGUUUUUUUUUGUUUUGUUUAUAAGAAUAUAAAUGUUGAUCUUAGUAGUGGGUAGGCAAACAUGUAUUGGUAACUGUGGGGUCCAUUAUGGGGAGUGAACCAAGCCGUCUGGUAGGUGUCUGAGAAUUUACCAUGGGGACAAACUUUUUAUACUUAUGCUUCCCCUUGACUUAUAUUUUUUUUUUUUUUUUUGUGUCCUAUUGUAUUUUUCCAAAAUGAAUAAAAUAAGUUAAAUAAAAAAAUAAAUAAAUUUUCAGCAUGAGGCUACUGGAGGAGCCCUGUGAGUGUCAAACUCCUUGACACUCAUAGAAUCUGGGCAUUUGAAUCUGGGCAUUUUUGGUGAAAUUCUAAGCUGUUC